AUGACGUUGGCUAACAUCGAAAUGGCAGUUUACUGCUUCGACGUCAUCAACACCCAAUUGAAUCGGCAGAAGGAGCCAGCAGUUCCCAGAGAGAUACCCAAUGUGAAAUUACCACUAUUCGUCACUUGGAAGAAAGGAGUUCAUCAUGAUUUGAGAGGAUGCAUUGGCACUUUCUCCGAUUUAAACGCAUUCCACGACUCGAGAUUCAAGCCGAUAGGUAAAGAAGAAGUUCCAAGUUUGCAAUGUGGUGUUUCUCUGCUUGUUAACUUCGAAAAAAUCCACGACUUCCGAGAUUGGACAAUAGGUCGUCAUGGGGUACGAAUGAAUUUUGACGAUGGACAUCGCACUCGAAGCGCAGUUUUCCUACCAGAAGUUGCAUCAGAACAAGGGUGGAACCAUGUGGAAACAAUAGACAGUUUGAUUCGAAAGAGUGGUUACGGAGAUCGCAUUGAUGAUUCUCUUCGUGCAAGUCUACGCAUCGUUCGUUUUCAGAGCUCUAAAAUUGUGUUAGACUACAAGGACUAUGUCAACUACAAGCAAUCUCACGGACUGCCUAUUCCUCAUUGA